AUGCAUAAGCCAAUCAAUCGAACGGGCUCUUUUGGGGGUAACGUCAGCAUGGGAAAACCUGCUCCGCCAAAAGGCAACAGGCCGACGAGGAAUACUCAGUCGCAGCCCAAGAAGCAGACACAAACCACAAAAACCACAAAAAAACAGACGCCGGCUCCUGAGCGCCCUGCCAGGAGCGUGGAUAAGCCAAACACAAAUCUGAUCAGCUUGCCAGACCAACAGAAGAUGCUCAACCUCUUUUCACAGGCAUUCAACGCAGAACUUACCUCUCCAGACUUCACCAACACUCUUCAGGCUGUUAAGCAGGGCCUGUUCGACCGUGACUUCGAGCGAGUGUUUGGAGAUGAAGCCAACCUUCGCGUAUAUGCGGCGCGCUAUAGUCCGACCAGGGCCCUGGGGUAUGCGGAGGUACUUUCCGGCAUCUUUGAGCAUCUCGAGCUGCUGCUCCCCGCUGAGACUGGACCCGAUGAGAAGACCCCGGCAAUUCUAAAUAUGGUCUCUAUCGGAGGUGGAGCAGCAGAGGUUGCCGCGUUUGCUGCCUACCUAUCCCAGGCGCCAGACAGAUCUGGAGCUGUUACUCUCAUAGACUCUGGGCCCUGGGGAGCCAUCGUUGACUCCCUCGCCAGCCAUGUCACCACGCCGCCCAUUCUGCCCCAAUGGGCCAACGCCGAGGCAAUGGCGAACAACCGCUCGCUCAUCGAACCUGCAAGACUCGCUGCAAAGUUCCUGCAAAAGGAUGUUCUGUCUUCGGAGCUCGUUGGUAUUUUCCCCGACGAGGGCCCUUGCCUGGUGACUCUUUUCUUCACCCUCAACGAGCUAUUUACAGCAGGCGGCAUAGGCAAAACAACCCAAUUCCUGCUAGAUGUCACAGCCGUCAUACCUUCGGGCUCGCUGCUCCUCGUCGUUGAUAGCCCGGGCUCAUAUUCUGAGGCCACAGUUGGCAAGGAGGCCAAGAAAUAUCCAAUGCUCUGGUUGCUUGACAAGGUGCUAGCAACAGCCGAGGACUGCACCUGGCAAAAGAUGGAGUCUCAGGAGUCACGGUGGUUUCGACUCCCCGAGAAACUCACUUACCCGAUUCCUUUGGAGAAUAUGCGCUUCCAGAUGCACCUGUACCGCGCUAAAAAGCCAGUAUUCCAAGCCAAGAGUAAUUCAGAAUCAUGA